AUGGCUGAAGAAGAACACACUUUCGAGACCGUCGAUGCCGGUUCCUCGCUAACCUACCCAAUGCAAUGUUCUGCAUUGAGAAAGAACGGUUUCGUCGUUAUCAAAGGCAGACCAUGCAAGAUUGUCGACAUGUCUACCUCCAAGACCGGUAAGCACGGUCACGCCAAGGUCCACCUGGUGGCUCUCGACAUCUUCACCGGUAAGAAGUUGGAAGAUCUUUCUCCAUCCACCCACAACAUGGAAGUUCCAAACGUCAAGAGAACUGAAUUCCAACUUUUGGACAUCGACGACGGCUUCUUGUCUUUGAUGACCAUGGACGGUGACACCAAGGACGACGUCCGUGCCCCAGAGGGCGAGCUAGGUGACGCCAUCCAGGCCUCUUUCGACGAAGGUAAGGACUUGAUGGUCACCAUCAUCUCUGCCAUGGGUGAGGAGGCUGCCGUUUCCUUCAAGGAGGCCCCAAGAUCCGAAUAA